AUGCUCUAUCCGAUCACUUAUUCAAGUGGCGUUCAUAAGGUCUAUGAACCACCGGUGUGUGAACAGGGAAAGAGUGUCAUUCUUGAUCACCUCCGAGAUACUGUAGACUUCUUUAAAACACCAACAGAUUCUGAUGCGAAACGAUUACUUCAACGCCUUGAACAAACGCUUCAAACACAAUUAGCCAUUGUUGAUCCUCAUAGACAUGAAAGAUUUGGAAGAGAAAGUAUCCUGAGACGAGAUGGCAAAACCACGUACACGCGACCAGGAGAUAGAACAGUUGGAGGAGGAGACUUCGGAAUGUCUACAGGUUAUAGAACGUCAGAGUAUGGUACGCCGGAUAAAUCCGAAGAUCUUAUAAGGCUGGACACUCACGGUAUUAAAGGAAGAUUAAAUAGUUCACCUAAAAUGAAUGGUGGCUUUGAAAGUUCGCGAGAUGACGCUAGCGAAUUAUAUAAUCUCCAAGUAAGCACAUCAAAACCACCAUUCCUCAUGGCGACUGCCGAUCAGCAGCAGCGUGUAUUGCGAACUCCUCAACAAGGUGUGGAAUUGUCGAAUUUUCAAGGAUGGUCAGGCGACAGCGGCGUUACUGAGGAAAGGUUGAAACCGGACUAUUUAGUUAAAAGUCCAUCAAAACGAAGCUGGGCUCGUCGUGUUGUUGAUGCAGUGUUUGGCAAACCGCCUCCUUCUAAGGCAUCUACGGUUGAUAUGAAUACUGCAAAAUUGUAUACAAGACCACCUUCAGGGAGUUUAAUAGGCCAAGGAAAUAGUGCAACGGGAAAUAAUGGAUUUCCAUCUGAAGGUUUAGGAUUAGCACUGGCGGAACGAAGGAAUGCUUCAUCGGAUAUUGGUGUGAAUCAAGUUUCCUCUGUUAGUAAUAUACCUCAUCGUUGGUCAGCACGUCAUAGUUCUCGAUCACGCCUGAAAGGUGAUGAUAGUACUCGAAAAAUAGUAUCAACUCGGUAUUCGGCUGUGGAAAGUGCUCGGAUACAAGGAACGACUGGACGAACACCCUCUUCGUUACCCUUAUCGACUUUCGAUGGUAAACUAAAUUCUCAGCGAAUCGCUGCUGAUCCAUCAAGAUUAAAAAAGCAAACUAGAAAAGAUUCAUCGAACUUUUUAAAAGGCAAAUUUGUAUCAUCGGACGGAAAUUUGACCGAGACAAUGAACCCUUUAAAAUCAAUGCGGACUAACAAACUCCGCAAUCAAGCAGCGGAAGCAAGAAAGACUAUGCAAGUUCGAGGUAAAGAAAAUUGA